AUGUGUGUACUGUACUAGUUAUAGUUAGUAACAUUUCUAACUCAUAAUAAAUCGGGUAUUAUUAUAUUUUUGUCAUUUGUUUUGUCAUUUGCCCAUUCUUCUAUUAUCCAGCAGUUGGUUUAGAGAAGCACGAGUAAUUAAGGGUUACUAAAUUGUGAUAUUCAACCAGAAAUUCUAUUAUUCAAAGUUUAUCAAGGCUUCAAUUCAAGAUUAUAACUUUAUUAAGUAGAGUAAAAGUUGCACAAGUCGAGACAAGAAACCCCAGGGAAAAAAGGGUAAGACACACGUAGUGAUCAUCAGAACUGUUAUUGAUGAGGACGCCAAGGACAGGAGCACAUAACUCCACUGCUGGAGACUCUUCCUCGACGCCUUCACCUUCGCCUUCCACGGCUGCUGCGGAAGAAGUGCAGACAACUCGAGAAGAAAGUAGCAGCAGCGCCAGUGCAGCACGACCUCAUCGACGUCAUCGCCACCACGCGGGUCACCAUCAACAGAGAUAUCACUUCAACAACUUGGAGGCCGGGAUGCCUGUGAAUAUUUGGGGGAUUGAUCGUCGCGAUGUUUGGAGAACAUGUUUUUGCUUCCAUGUUCGUACAGUCACCAUUUUUAUUGGUGUUUGUCAUUUGAUGCUGUACAUUUUGUAUUUGUCCUUCCUUGCUGCCAUGUUCAUGUAUGAUGCCGGCAAUGAUAGUAGAAUUGGCAAACCAAUCAGCCCAGAUCAAAUGCUUCCAACACCGGUCAGCGUCAGCAAUAACGAUAUUAAGCAAUUCAGCGAUCCAUACGAUUUAUCGCCCAAAUCGGAUUCACUUACAAUUGACCAAACCGAUAAUCCGCGAGCCAGAUUAGACCCUUUGAACAUGGUUAUGGAUCGCAAAGCAAAUUCUCAAGUUGUUCUUCUCACGGUCUGCAACAUGUUGAUAACUCUCCUUAUGGUUUAUGGUGCUGUACGUGGUAAACCAUCCUACCUCAUGCCAUUCUUUGUUUUACGGGUCUUUGAUUUUUGCAUAUUUUGUUUAACUAUGGUGGGAUAUUUCUCGUAUUUACCAAAUGUGACGGAUAGCAUUUCCCAUGCUCAUUGGAUCCCAAAUCGAGAUGCACUCGUGGAAAUGGAUCCCCAGCUCUUGUCUCUCCUUGCUUUGGUGACCAUUGUUAUGUUUAUUGCUGCGAAGGCAUACAUCAUCGGGGUUGUCUGGAACUGCUACAAGUAUCUGAUGUUACGAAACUCAGUUAUCCGUACUGUCAUUGCUUACAGGCAUGAUGAUCCUACUAAUCUAAUGGGACUGCAGCAAAAUCUUUUGCCGGAUCUCCCUGAUUAUGAUACAGCCGUGAAUGAUCCGCGAUAUGCAAAGAAGCCUCCCAUGGAUGCCAACGCUGCUAGUUCUACGUCAACAAAUGUCAAUAAUAACGGAAAUGUUGUCGUUAGUGGUGCUGCUUCAUCAGUUGUAGUUCCUCCACCUCCAUACAGUGUUGCAGUCGCGGCGGAACCAUUGACCUUUAACUUCCAAGUACCUUCUGAACAACAGCCGUCACAUACCCACCAAAUGCAGGAUCAAUCACAACUAAUUGAAUCCCCAAGUACUCAGACCCAUCAGGAUAACUCAGAAAAUGAUUUAGGAGUUGAUACACCUGAAUCAUCAAUAAUAGCAAGAACGGCACCACAUGCUGAACCUCUCACAACAACAACGAUCCAAAUAAUUGAAGUAGCCCCUGCACCUUCUUCUGGGGGUGGCAACAAUUAAAAUCAACUCAAUUGCUUGUUUAAACACUUGCAUUUCAUUAUUCAAAAUCCUUAUCCAAAAUCGACAAACCUGUCAGUCCUGCAAUGAAGACCUCCACCUUCAAUAUUAUGCACUUGACUUGUUUAAGAAUACACUAUAGAAAUAAAUAUCAAAAACUUAUAAUAAGACCACCCUCGAGUCUGCAUAACAGUUUAAACUUUGAUAAAUGUAUGCGCUAAUUAUAUAGUACAGAGAGAAACUUGCCGUGUAUUAUCUCGAGAUUUAUUUAUAAAUAACGUUAUUGCGCUAAAAGUUAAAAAUAAUUUAUCGUCCAUCGGAAGAGUUGACUGAAUGCGAAUUGACAUGCAAUUUCUGAGGAGGUAUUAUAGUAGAUUGUGUUGUGAUUGGCUCACUGUGAAGUUCACUCGUUCAAAACAUUAGACUUUUUUUAAUUUUAAGCAGCCACGAAUGUUUGUCGUAUAUAAACUUAUAUAAACAAUAUGUGAAUAGUUCACAGUUAAUAAAAUAGGGAAAAAGUUAAUGUAGCACGUAAAUAAGAGCUGUGAGUGAACUGAAUAAAACGGCACCAUAGUACGUUGGCACCGACUAAAAAUGUUCCGUGCAAAGUAGCCAGGGUCGAUGUAUGGAAGCAAAGAGGACAUUAUCGAAAUGUGUAAGUGUAGUCAUCCCUAUACAAAUAUGUCCAUUUACUAUUUUAAUGGAGAGAAGUCAUUAUAAACUAAUUAAUUAUGACUCAAAUAUGCUAGAAAUAAUAAUAAAACAAAUGCGUGUACCAACAUGAA